AUGCGAACGCUAGAACGACUAGGUGUACACGAGGCCCUGAGCGACGAUCUUGGCUUCAGAGGUCCAAGUGGAAUUCCGCAGAUUUAUCGGCACUGGAAGUCGAAUCAGGUUGUUUCUGUGGACACUCACACCAAGGUCUCUGACCGCCGCCACCUGACGACCAGGUUUCAUCGCGGCCAUCUACACGCCGCGCUCCUCGGCCAUGUCCCCAAGUCCUCUAUUCAUCUCAACAAACGAAUAGCACGAGCCGACGUCAAUCAAAAUGAUGCCGUACUUUUUUUUGAGGAUGGCACAGAGGCACAUGGCGACAUUUUAAUUGCCGCCGACGGCAUCCGAUCUAAAGUGAGACAAUCUCUGCUACCAGAUUAUCAUUUGGAAUUUACCGGAAAGGUCUUCAUGCGGUCAACAUUUGAUGCAUCUAUGUUGGAGGGUAAGAUACCCGACUUGCCACUCGAUGCCGUUCACUGGUGGGGCCCCAAAGAUUCCUUUUUUGCUUCCAAGCUCGGAAAGAACCAGUACACUACAGUUGGCGCCUAUGAAGACUUGCGAAGCGGCGCGGAGCUCGACAAGGCAAUCACCUGGAAUCAGGCCGGUAACGUCGAGUUCUUUAGGGAGAGAUACAAAGACUGGAACCCGGUAGUAAAACGUCUGACUGAGCUGACGCCAAACGUGCGCUUGUUCCCCAAUUACGCUGGGACUGCUCUGCCUACCUGGCUACCCGCGCCUCGUGUAGCACUCCUUGGUGAUGCAGCGCAUACUCACGGCGGCGCGUUUGCUGCCGGGGGGUCUUUGGCGUUGAAUGAUGCGCUUGCGCUUGGCCUUGCGUUCAAACAUGUAUUGGAAUCGCGAACAGCAUGCAUUCCCUUGCACCUUGCCGAGAUUCAACAUGCCUUGACGCUAUACGACAGAACGAGGCGACCGCAUGUCACUAAACUAUUGCAUAUCGUCCCCAAGUCCCUGAAGAAGAAUGGCUCGGCAUAUUCUUCUGUGGAAGCUGAAGAUAAGGCUUUGAUUACACGAUUGAAGAACCGGCCGGAUCUCACUUGGCUGUCAGAACACGACGUGGAGGCGGAAUUCGCAAAAACAGUCAGAGAAAUACGCAGCACCAAGAAAGGCCGGCAGCCGCAGGGGCUCACAGCAACAUCAUCUCAGCAUGAAAGUAAAAUUUAG